AUUGCUCGUUUUCAUUUUCUCGUAUUGACAAAAUAGGGUUAUCCCCGCGGUAAGAUAGAACAUGUAAAACUCAAACUUGUGUAUCCCUGUCUCCAUCCUCUAUCUCAUCAUAUUGGGUAUUGGGGCCUCCUCUUUAAAGAUUUGCCGCCAUGUCUUCAACAAGGAAAUGUGCUAACUUAAUAUGCUCCUUAGCAUUUCUAGUUUAUUUCGCUGUCAUCAUCUUUCAAUUCCCAAUUUUCAGUGUUCCAUGCAGAAUUGGAAUCUGUAAGACCCCAGUAGAAGUCACUUCUUCUCAGUUAAUUGCAAGUGAUGUGUUCCCUCCUUUCAUAGUAAAGACUCUUCUCUACCCAGGAGCUCUUGCAAAGGGUCUUUACAAUAACAAAACCAUCCCAAACUUCGGAAACCUCCUCAAGUUAUACAAAUUCAAUUCAAGACAAACUACCCCAACAUCAGAUCUCCAUCGCCUAGAGGUUUUAGCAGGAAGCUACUUGUCUGUCGGAGGAGCAAUUAUGGGUCUGAUAAAACCAGGGAGAAUGGGGCUCUUUGGAAUACUACUUGUCAUAUGGGGUCUAAUUAGAGAAUCCAUUAUGUUCCAAUCUGGUUUGGAUGAAGCAAAAGCUGCUCAUAUUGGUCCUGCUAUGUGGGUUGCACUUGUUUCUGCAUUCUUGUCCAUUAGAAAGGAUGUUAGAAAGAUCAUACGUACUUUCAAAGGAAGCCAAACGCUGAAGCACAAAUAUGUCUAGCAGAAACAGGAUGAUUUAGCUGUAAUACUUGGAUUAAUCUGAUUGAUUUCCAGGAAGGUCUUGUAGAAGUAGGAGCAGAAGCAAAAGGUCUAGAGCGCAGAAAAUCAGUGUUGAAGGAAGAAGAAGAUAACAAGUCAUCUUUGAAAGCACCACACUUGAAGCAGCUGGAGCGGCUGGCAAAGUUAUGUGCUCCACAAUUAUUAGCAGCACAAUACCAGUCUCCAGGACGAACAUCUGAUGAUGAACUUGAUGAUCUCCCUCCUCCUCCACCAUAAUAUUCUCCAUACUUUGAUUCUCCACAUCUCUGGCACGAUUCUCGCCUCUGAAAGUUCAUGUGCUGACAUGACUUGCAGUUCCAAUCUCCUGGCCUGCUGCUCAUUCUGCAUUAUAUAUUUAUAU